AUGGUCUCCCUAUGGGGCGCGAAAAGAGGCGAACCUGAUCGACAACAGUCGCAGGACCACGAUGACAAUGACGAUGAUGAACAAAUCCGAGCUCGCCACCAGGAACCUACCGAACAGACGCGCCUACUCCCACGGGAGGACAGUCAUAAUUACCUGAGUCCAGAUGAUCCCGCGGUCUCCCCCUACAACUUAUGGAGCGUGCGCGCCCUGCGAGCCCUAUCCCUCAUCGCCCUUGGUAUCAGCUUUGUCUGGUGGACUUUCCUCUUGGUGUCAAUAUUCGUUACUCCGCCGCUGAUACACACCCGCGGAUCGGGUUUCUUCGCAUUCUCCUACACAACUCUCGCCGUUGGAUACCUCGUGCUUGGUCUGCUGUUCUUUACGGUGCCUUCUAAGCAGAAGACCAUCUGGGGUCUUGUCCUUUCCCUCCUCCUCUUGGUCAACAUGAUCAUUAUCGUUUCCGUUCCACAUAUCCGUCGGGAAGAAGGCGGCGUGGGAAUCGCUUCCGUUGUCUGGGCCACGGUGAUCUCUUUAUAUCAAGUCGUGCAGAACAGAACUGUUACGUGGGGCAAGCGCGAGGAAGAAGAACGUUUGACCGGGCGCGAAGAAACUCGACGAUCGCUGCGUGAAUGGCUCGCCGUGCUAUGCGAAAUGAUCUUCUUGAUCGUUAUGGGUCUUGUUGUCGUCCUCUUCACCGCUACCCUAAUUCUGCGUGCCCGCGAUGCAUCACUGGUGCCCCAGGGACAGCUCUAUAGCGUCUACGGGGGUACAUAUAAUGUUCAUCUCAACUGUGUUGGUAAUCGUACAGUUGAAGAUCCGGACCAGCCCACCAUAUUACUCGAGGGUGGUGGCGGUCCUGUCGAGCAUAGCCUCCAACCAUUUAUCGAUGACGCGUACCAAAGCGGCAUCAUCAGUCGAUAUUGCUACUGGGAUCGGCCAGGACUGGGAUGGUCAGAGAAUGCACCAUCUCCCCAUUCCGCAGGAAUGUCGGUAGAUGUUCUGUCCGAAGCACUGGCUCUGGCCGAUGAAACCGGGCCCUGGGUCGUUGUUUCUGCUGGAGUCGGCAGUCUCUACUCUCGUCUAUUUUCCAGCCGGCAUUUGCUCGAGGUGAGCGGUAUUUUCCUGAUCGACCCUUUGCACGAAGCAUAUCUCGAUUCGAUCGGUCGACCGGGCCGGGGAUUUAUGCUUUGGCUUCGUGGUGUCGUCUCGCCCUUGGGACUUGAUCGUCUUGCGGGCGCUAUUAUUCGCGGUCGGACCAGAGAAGAUAGAGUCAUUGGAAGAUCUGCUUAUCAAACAGGCAAGUUUAUCAAGGCAAAGCUGCAGGAGAAUCUAGUUGCUGUUACCAUGACUGCGGCUGAGGUUCAAUCUGCUCGUCAUAUUCAGAUGGGAGAGACUCCGCUGGUUGUUGUCAGUUCUGGUGAGAAGGUGAAAAGGGAUCCUGUUUGGGCUGAGCGUCAGGAGGAUCUUUCUCACAUUACCAAUAAGCUUGUCUCUUGGGAUGUGGUUCAUGACGCACCCCAUGAGGUGUGGACCAGUGGUCAAGGCCGGCAAGUAUUGGAGAAGCGCUUGAGAGAAAUUGUCGAAGCUAGUCGGGCACACAAAUGA